AUGCGCUUCUUGCUUCUCUUAUUUGUUCCAGCCCUGGUCCACGGAUUCAGUUCAUCCUUCAAUUAUGGAUGCCAAAAUGGAAAGUGCACUUUCCAACUUGUGGUUCCAAAGGAAGUGGCUCAAUACAUCAACGAAAACACUCUGAGCUCAGAAAUAUCUCAAAUCACUUCGGACAUCGGCAAGCUGAACGACACAAUCACUCACUUCAAUGAUAGUGAAGCUACUAAUUUCACUACGUUGUUCACCCACAACUGUUCCAUUGUUGACGGUGCAGCUCAGAGUUUGAACACCAGUGUCAACGCAGCUCUUCAAAACUCUACUGGUAACUUGAAUAAGCAAUUUUAG